AUGCAUAUCGAUUGCCUUAAACAUUAUUACCUCUCCUCUUCGUCGGAGGAUACUCCGUGUCUGGAAAAGGAGUUGGAUAAAGAAGCAAAAGGUGUAGUAUCUAGCUCGGACUCAGAUGACUCGGAGAAUGAAUAUUUUUAUCGGCCUUCAGAACAGAGAGUUGGCUCCAGAGCUGUUACUCCACGUCACUAUUCUCCAACUCUGAGUCUUCCCAGGAGAUCGGUCAGAAGGAGAGGACCACCUAAGAGAUUUACACCUGACCUUUCGCCACCAGAUCGAUUUACACCUCGACCUUCGUGGCCAAUUAACUCAGACGAUGUUCCGGACCAAGAAGAGGAUAGUGAAGAAUAUGAGGAACCUGCGGAAGAAUUCGAGAUAUUUAAGGAAGGUGGGGGAGACGGCAAUGAUUGCGGCGAAACAGAAGAAGCAGUCGGCUUAACCUCAUCUGGUGAAGCUGCUCAACCUGGACCAGCUGAGGAUGCUUAUGUGCCACCACGAAUUUUAACCCCUGGGGAUCCGGAUCUUCAGGUCACUGCCGUUGAAACGCCCCUCCUGUGGAGAUCUAAACGUGAAACAUUCUCUGGACAGAUGAAGUUACCUUUACAAGAAGAGGUAUCUUCAAUCAGAAAAAUAAUCAGCCCUGGUCGCAGGAAAAUUCCCAUGCAAUUCGUGGGCAUCAUUUUCAUCACUAGUUUCACUACAAUGUAUGGUUGGGGAUAA